AUGCUCGGGUUGUCCGUUGAGGAAAAAACUAGAAAUGUGCUUGGAUGGAAUGAGCCUCGCACAUCCGGAUGCAAUGGAUUUCGGACUAGAAGAAUGUCUGGAGGCAGCUGUGCUUCUGAUCUUUCAGGCUCAUUCACGGCUUCAAGCUCAUCAACACCAUCGCCAACAACUCCUCUUUCAAUUGCUUCAAUGACCAGCCGAGAAAAUGAAGAUUGUGUUGGCUCGAAAGAUGCUCUUGUUUUUGAAAAAAUGCGUCGAGUGAUUCAUACACUUCCCGGGAACACACGUGGGAACGCGCUUGAGAUGUUGCUAGAGAAAGUUUCUCAAGAAAUGGAUGCAGCCGAGAGUGAUCGCUCAAAAGGACUCUGGUCAGGUUCUUCCGAAAGUACCGCUCAUCGUUUUGCCUCGGCAUCGGCUGGUGGCGGACUUUGGGAUUCCUCUUCAAACGAUAGCCAAGGCGGUUUCCCAGCCGAUCUUGCCGGUGUCGAUGUGUCGGCUUUCAAAUCUCUUCUCCUUGCUCAACCAAUGCCCUUCAAUGGACGUUUC